ACGAACUUUAUUGCUACCAGCUCGUGCCGCUGGAGCAAAUGCCCUUGUCAGUGAAGUUCGCUGUUAAGAUAAAGCAAAAUAUCUUGUAGAGCAAGUUUUUAUUUCGCAGUUUUGUGCUUAAUAUCAUACCACUGCUUUUAGCACCAUGGCUGCCAAGAUUUUGCCUGUAAUCAAGUUUGCAACAAAAGUUACCAUUGCAGGUGGUGCCCUAUAUGUUGCAUAUGAUUCAGGACUUCUUGGAGAUGGCAAGGAGGGAUCGGUUGCCUUAGGUCGAGCUAAAGCUGCCGUCCCGCCUGCUGUGGAGGAGUGGAUGAAGUAUUUCGGCUUCGAGCUUCCUGCCACACCCAAAAUCGAGUUCUCGCCACUGGAUGCGUGGAACUCAGGGGUCCAGAAGUCUAUCCAUGCCCUGUCAGUCGGCCCGUCCACAGUUAGUGACUACACAAAACAAGGGCUCCAGUACGUUAAAGACCUCACAAAAUGAGCAUUUAGUACUUUGAAGUUGCUAUUGAACCGUUUCGGUGGAUGAGAAGACUCGCUCACUUCACAAAGUGUUUUUUCCCUUAAUUCUGUUAAGUUUUGAGGAACAACAAGCAGAAUACUUCAAGGUGAAGAUAAUGUGGUACAAAUCAAAUUGUUCUUUUUUAAUUUUUUCCCCGCUUUGGUUACAGAAAUAACAGUUUUGAGGAAAAAAUGGAGAUCCUUAUAAGUGUGUUCUAUCUGUAUAUUGCUGUUCAACUCUCUUAUUUAUUUAAGAAAUCUCUUCCUAGAAGUGUUCAGUUCUGGCAUUGAUCUCCCCCCGCAAUCAUCUGAAAUUCUUUUUAUAUAAGCACUAAAUGACUGCAACUGAGUUUUGUAUAGUUUAUAACCCCGUGUUGCGCCGUCUGAUGUAAAAUAAAUCACGUUAAAUAUUU